AGCGAGGUCAACUUGAGGGUUCGAUUUUAUUUUGAAAAGCCUAACCGGACGUGACGUAGAGCUGCUUUCACCGCCGUGUCCCGCUCCGGUCUGUCCGCGAGGAAAACAUCCAGCUCUGGUGAAGUCCUAAUGGAGCCAGCAGGAGUUUGUGGAAUCGAUCUGGAGAGCAGAGGCAUGGGUGCAGGCCGCCAUUCUCCAGCUGACCUGGACAGUCCCUGUCAGGAGGAGGUGUCCGGCUUUCAUCUGGCCAUGUGCUGCUCUGAGGAGGAGAGGGGGGAGACUCCCGGCAGAGAAGACAGUCCCAGUGACCUGGGGGAGGCGGAGCUGGAACCUGGAGGGAACGCCAAGACCGGGGAGGACAAGGCCUUCGGGAAGGAGGUGGUUCUUCUGAUGCAAGCCCUCAACUCUCUGGCCACUCCUGAGGAGAAACUCGCCGCUCUGUGCAAGAAGUACGCCGACUCGCUGGAGGAGAGCCGCUCCAUGCAGAAGCAGCUGAAGGCCCUGCAGAAGAAGCAGUCCCAGAUCGUGAAGGAGAAGGUCCACCUGCAGGGGGAGCACAGCAAGGCCAUCCUGGCCCGGAGCAAGCUGGAGAGCCUCUGCAGGGAGCUGCAGAGACACAACAAGAACCUGAAGGAGGAAAACGCUCAGAGGUCCAGAGAGUACGAGGAGCAGAGGAAGGAGGCCAUGCUGCACUUCCAGAAGACCCUGGGAGACAUCGAGGUGCAGAUGGAGCAGCACAGCUCCCACAACGCCAAGCUGAGGCUGGAGAACAUGGAGCUGGCGGAGAAGCUGAAGAAGCUGAUCGAGCAGUACGAGCUCCGCGAGGAGCAUAUAGACAAAGUGUUCAAGCACAAGGAGCUGCAGCAGCAGCUGAUGGACGCCAAGCUGCAGAGAAUCACGGAGAUGAUGAAGGAGGUGGAGGACAAGCAGCAGCGGGAGAGAGAGUUUCUGCUGAAGGACGCCACCGAGUCCAGACGCAAGUGUGAGAUGAUGAAGGAGCAGGAGGCUCAGCUGAAGCAGCAGCUGUCGCUCUACAUGGACAAGUUUGAGGAGUUUCAGAGCACUCUGGCCAAAAGCAACGAAGUCUUUUCCACCUUCAGACAAGAGAUGGAGAAGAUGACCAAGAAGAUCAAGAAGCUGGAGAAGGAGACGACCCAGUGGAGGACCAAAUGGGAGAGCAACAACCAGGCGCUGCUGCAGAUGGCAGAGGAGAAAACUCUGCGUGACGGCCACUUCAAGGCCCUGCAGGGCAAGCUGGAGCUGCUGGAGCGGCUGUGCAGAGCUCUGCAGAAGGAGAGGAACGACCUGAACAACCGGCUCAGCCUCCUCCAGCAGCAGGGGGCCCAGACCCCCCCGGAGGGCCCCGCCACCCCCCCGGAGGGCCCCGAGCCGGACGACUCUGAGGGCUCUGUACAGGGAGACGAGCAGGAGGCGUCCAGGCCUCCAGAGACGGGUCCAACUGAGACCAGCACCACAGAACCGACAGCAGGCCAACCCGAGGAAACGGCGAGCACACAGGACUGAGCAGAACCUCUGCAGAGACCGGUUCUGACAGAACCGCCAGUGAAAAUGGGAUUUUUUUUAUUGUGUUCUUUCUCCUGGUUCUCUCCAGAAAAACUCGUAUCUUUUUGUGAUGGAAAAGUUUCACUAAUAAAAGGUUUCAAGGAU